AUGAGCUUCCAGAGCCGGGUCAACGCGGUGAAGACUCCUAAGAGUGACAUCAAUGCGUUGAUCCUAGACUACCUCACCAUGGAGGGCUACCCUCAAGCCGCUGCAAACUUCUCCAAAGAGGCGAACUUACCACCGCAGCAGGACAAGUCGUUUGUCCACGCGAGGCAGCAGAUCCGGAGUGCCAUCCAUAAUGGCAAGAUCGACGAGGCAAUCACCCUUCUCAACCACUUCAACCCAGAGUUGGUCGAGCGCAUUCGUCAGGCGAAUAGCAGCGGCAACGACUUCGCACCGGUCGUGAAGUUUGCCCAGGACCAGCUCGCGCCUCGUGCGUCCACGAAGAAGGAAUUCCUCGAGGACCUUGAGGAGACCAUGGUCAUGCUCUUCUUCACCCCAGACAAGAUGCCGGCGGCACAGCAGAGGCUGUUGUCGCCAGAUCUGCGUGAGGAGGUUGCCGACAAAGUCAACAAGGCCAUCCUAUUCCACCACAGCAAACGCCGUGAAGCCGCCAUCCGCCAAAUCGUCAGGAUGCGCGCUUGGGCUGAGAACGUGGCCCGUGAGAAGAAGCUGGAUGUGCCUGAUAUCAUUGAUCUUGGUCUGAACGCUACUGCAGACAACCGGUUCCACGACCACGAACACGAGGCUAUGAUCACCACGUAG